CGUUAUAAUUUGAAUAACAAAAUACGACCAAAAUAGGUCUCCUCUCUCAGUCCGGCCAGUCCUCCGUUCAGAUUUGAGCCGACGCGUUUCGCUUUCCUCUUUCGUGUAGUUGAUAAUACGCACACCGCUUUCCUUCCCUUUCCUUUCCUUACCGGCGUACAUCAGUUUCUCCGUCGCCCACCUCCGGAACCGUUUCGCCGUUUCUUGCUCCCUUUUGUCCUCUUAUGUGCCCUUGCAGCUCUACUUGUCUUCCUUUGUCUUAUCACAUAUGGAAAUGCAAGCCAACGCCAUAUUUUGUUCUUUUUACUAAAUGGGUAUUGUAAAUUCUGUGUCUUUUUAGUUCUAUAGGAUCCUUGGCAACCUGUUUUAGCUGGAAAAUAAGAUCAGUGAGCCCUACAUUUUGAAUUUUCACUUGAUGAAGUCAAUUUCAUCUGAUUCCGAGCCUCUUCCUGAAGAAGAAGAAGAAGAAGAAGAAGAAGAAAAGUUGGAUGAGAUAUGGACAGAGGAAGACUUCCCUUUUUCAGAUAACCUUAAGGACUUGCUGAACCUCAGGAUGCAACUAUACUCAGCAGCAGAAUACUUUGAAUUGUCAUAUAUGAAUGAUGACCAGAAACAAAUAGUGAUAGACACGUUGAAGGAUUAUUCUAUUAAAGCUAUAUUGAAUACAGUGGAUCAUUUGGGUUCAGUUGCAUAUAAAGUCAAUGAUUUCAUAGAUGAAAAGGUUGAUGAGGCUUCUGGAGUAGAGCUUCAAGUGAAUUCUAUUGAGCAGAGAUUGAAAACAUGCCAAAUGCAUAUGGAUCAUGAAGGCCUUCAUCAGCAGUCAUUAAUAAUGAAUGUACCCAGAUAUCAUAAAAGAUACUUGUUACCUGAUGGAGUCAACUGCACUAAAUCAAGAACAGAGGAGGCUGUUCUAGCUGAGGAGGAUUGUUGGCUUCAUUUUAGGAAUUCUACCCAAACCACUGUCAGAAGUAUGCCGUCAUCAUCUUUAGUCGGAGAACGACCAACCACAUCAUCGCUCCAAGCUGGGUUAGCCAUUGGGACCACGGGAGGUGUUUCACAUAAAGAAACAGAGAAACGAACAACUUCGCCUUCUCGGUUUCCUCUUCCCCGAUCAAUGUCAUUGUCUAGUAGGCCAAGGGCCCCUAAUUCAAGGUCAACCACUCCUCAUUCAAGUCAACCGGCCAACCCAAACCUCCUUUAUGGAAGACAAAAGAAUCCUGUAGAGCUUGGGAAAUCAGCUUCAGUGCAUCUUCAUACUGGGAAGGAGAAUUUCAAAGGAAUGGAGCAAAAUCCAAGCAAAAGCAAUUUUCUUCUUCGAGCCUUGCUCAGAAAGCGUAAGCCCAAGAACGAUGAAAUGCUAUAUACCUAUUUGGACGAAUAUUCGUAAAAACAUAUCCAUAAAAGUAAUUUAAUUUUCUCAAAGAAAUGUUAUUCAGUAAUCUGAUAUCAUAGUGUGAUACAUAAUAAAAUUUAUAAUAUGGUUAGUCUCGGGAAGUAUUUUAUUGUUAUUUAUUUUCUUUAUUAAGUGGCAUUGAAUAGAUAAAAGGAUGUGUUUAAUUC